UUUACGACGUCUUGUACACAUCAUGCAGUUGAUUUUCCAACUGUUAUGUUCUGUGAUAACCGGUCUGCGGGAAAGAGUAGCUUGUUGGAGGCCAUUUCCGGUGUACAGCUGCCACGCUCAGAAGGCACACGCCGAUGUGUAAUGGAAAUCCGUUUUAUGGAUUGUGUCAAUGCCAAGUCAAAGUAA